UCUGCAUUCCUGUGCUCAACAACAUUUUCUCCUUCCAAAACAUGAAAUUUAGUUGUGACACAGUUCCUCUCGUGUAGGGGUGUGAUUAAUUGUAGAUUAAUUGAAAAAAGAGAGGAGGAGCAGCUGUGUUGAGGUGGUCCAGGUGAGGCAGUCCAAGCAGGAAACCAAGACGUGAAGGACCGAGUUCAGACUCCAAAUGACAGGCAGCUGAGAGAAGAGGAAGCAGACAUGGAAAGGCAGAACCGGGUCCAAACAGAAAAUAAAAGCAAGUUAUCAUAUAAAUCUCCUUCCAGUCAGAAUCAGAGGAUUCAAUUCAUCUCUGCACAUCAAGGAGACAGAAAUCCACUCAGGAAACCUCAGUUUGAUUUCUUCCUUCCUGAAAAAGAAACAAAGAGCUUAAGACGGACCAUGUCUGCCAACAGUGAAAACCUGCAGGUGGCGCUGUUGGGGUACACCAAAGGCACCCUCACAUACAUCCACAAGGUGAGGAAGUUCUGGGAGACGUCCACUAAGUGGACACGGUGCAGGGAGACUGAGGUGGACAAGCUGAGGGACAUCAAAGACAGAGCUGAGAAACUAGAGCCAAAUCUCAGAGACGUGACCCAUUCUGAGAACAAAGGAAAGGCCUUUCAGCAGUACAUGAAGAAGACAUUCAACAGUUCUUCUGUAGACAGACAGCGUGCAAAGCUGGAGCGCAAGCUGGCCAAGCUGCUGAAGGACGUCCUGCAGGGUCUAAAGGAGAUCAGCUCCUUCCUGGAGGCUGUGGAGAAACUAGCUUCCACCUCACUGGAGGUCUUCACAGAGAAUCAGCUGCUCCAUCUGCCCAGAGACGUCACACUGGAUUACGUUCAGGUCGUGGUCUUGGCUGCAAAAGUAGUCUGUCCUCUGGUGCUGGAGUUCAAGAUAGACAUGGAUCCAUUUUUCCUUCCGAGACUUCAGAAUGUGGAGGUCCUGGCGUACCAGCUGGAAAAAUACAUCCAGACCACUAGCAACAUCUGUGACAAGCUUGGGAAAAGUCGCUUCAGUGACUUUGACUUGGAAACGGAUGGAGAGACAGUGGUCGACCUGAGUGCUGGUUUACCUGAAGAAGACAUCCAGAGGAUGCUCGAUCACAUUAACCAGCUGGUCAACAUCAGAAACGAUCCACACUUCCGGAUGGCGUUCUUGUUUCAACAGGAAACAGGUGAACACUUUGUCACUGAGUUUAAGAACCGAAAGCCCAGGAUGCUGACGUUCCUGAAGGAUCUGGAGAAACCCGCCAUUCAGCUGGACAGGAUGAACAAGGGAGCGAGGAUUUCCACUGUGGCUGGUAGUUCAGUGGGGGCGGUUGGUGGCGUUCUGUCCAUCAUUGGCUUGGCAUUGAUACCUUUCACUGCCGGAGUGUCCCUGUCUCUGACUAUGGUCGGAGUCGGACUGGGAGUCACCAGCGGCGUCAACAGCAUCGUGACCACUGCCGCUGAAAUCGGAGUUAACAACACUCAACAGAAGAAAGCCAAAAACACCUUCCAGAGCUUUAUGGAGGAUGUACAGAGGAUCCAGGAUUGUGUGGAUGAAGCAAAAUGCCAAACAGACUCCAAACUGAGAGUCAACAUUGGAGAAGUGGGUAUGGGAGUGGUUAAGGUCCUCAGUAGGACCGCUGCUGUUGGGAUGGGCAUUGAUUCGAUGGCUGAUGCUACCUCUGCUAUAAAACUUUUAAAAAGUGAGCAGGCUGCAGCAGGUGCUGGUAAAAUGUUGACUCAGGAGGGGAGAGCUCUUAGUAGCAUUCCCAGAGUGGCCUCAGAUAUCCCUGAUCUUGGUCAGGCAGCAGCUAAAAGCUCUGUUGCUGUAACCAAAACAGCCCGAGCUGGUUUCAUCACACUCAACGCUCUCUUCCUGGGUAUGGACGUCUUCGUGAUCUACAAAACCAGCAUGGCUCUGGCCAAAGGCAGCGAGACUCAAGUGUCAAAGUUAAUCCGAGCCAGAGCGGCGCUGUGGAGCUCAGUGAUGGAUUCAUGGCAGAAGAUGUCCGACUCUCUGGUCCAAGGUUUGCCAACAUUGGAGGAGAAGAAGGCCAUCCUAGAGACGCCAUUUUAUCCCGAGACUGAGAUGAAGGAACAGAAAGAAACUGAAGAGGAGAGAAGUCUGAAGAGGAAGAAAAAACAUAAGAUGAGAUGUAACAAAGCAUUGUCUCCAAGAUUUUAAAUUUGAUUUGCAGAUGUUCACAUUACAUCUGUUUGAUGCAGUUAACCUAAUGAUCAUUUUAUGGCCUUCGGUCUUCUUGGCUGUCUGUUUUUGAACAUUUCAAGAUUCUUUUGAUUGAUUAUCAUCACUUUAUACAUCAGCCUUAGUAAAAUUCAGAAUAAAUUUGAUUCUAAAUGUACUUCAUUAUCCAAAUCGCUGUAGGUAAAAGUGACUGCAAAUGAUGUUGCACCUGGUGGUAUAUAAAUA